GCUUUUACAUUACUCUGUCAUUUUCCGGGUCAAAAACCUUUCUAUUUUUCACGUGUUUUUUUUAGACUGUCAUUACGUCGGUGUGUGAUUACCAGUGACUGCAAACAGACAAAGAUGUCUGGAGAAGAUUCCAAAAGGAGGACCAAUUUUAUCACAAUUCCUGAUGACACGGCUGGCUAUCGAUUGGAUGAAUUCUGUAUUCCUCUACAUUACGAGGAUGACCUGUCCAGAGUCUUAAUUCCUGCUGGGCUGAUCAACGACAGAAUUGAGCGCCUGGCUCGUGACAUUGUAGAAGACUUUGAUGAGGAUGGGCUCGUCGCGCUGUGCGUUUUGAAGGGCGGGUACAAGUUCUUCACCGACCUCCUGGAUAAAAUUAAAGGCCUCAACAGAAACCUUGGGAGAUCCGUACCCCUAGCCGUGGAUUUCAUCCGAUUAAAGAGCUACGUGGACAGAGAAAAGGCGUGGACGAAAGAUGACAAAUCGUCAGGUCAGAUUGAAGUUAUUGGCGGAGACAAUCUGAAAAAUCUCCAGGGAAAGAAUGUAUUGAUUGUGGAGGACAUCAUCGACACGGGGAAAACCAUGCAGAAACUUCUAGGAAUACUAGAGAGCGUGAAACCAAAGUGUAUCAAAGUAGCCAGUAUGCUGGUGAAGAGAACAACUAGAAGUUCUGGUUAUAAACCUGACUACACGGGUUUUGAGAUUCCAGACAUUUUCAUUGUUGGCUACGCAUUGGAUUACAAUGAAUAUUUCAGAGAUCUAAAUCAUGUUUGUGAAAUCAACGAAGAAGGAAAGAAGAAGUAUGCAUCGAAAUGAGCAGAAUCGGAUAAGGACAAAAUAUCAGAUUGUGAAAGGGACCAAUUAUUAUAGACCCACACAAAAUAUCAGACACACCCAUAAAAUAUCAGACACACACACAAAAUAUCAGAUACACACAAAAUAUCAGAUUGUGAAAGGGACCAAUUAUUAUAGACCCACACAAAAUAUCAGACACUCAGAAUAUCAGACACACACACAAAAUAUCAGACACACACUCAAAAUAUCAGACCCGCAUAUAAAAUGUCAGACACACCCAUAAAAUAUCAGACACACCCAUAAAAUAUCAGACACAUACUCAAAAUAUCAGAUUGUGAAAGGGACCAAUUAUUAUAGACUCACACAAAAUAUCAGACACACACACAAAAUAUCAGACACUCAAAAUAUCAGAUACACACACAAAAUAUCAGAAACACACACAAAAUAUCAGAUACACACUCAAAAUAUCAGACCCGCAUAUAAAAUAUCAGACCCGCAUAUAAAAUAUCAGACCCACACUCAAAAUAUCAGACCCACACUCAAAAUAUCAGAUUGUGAAAGGGACCAAUUAUUAUAGACCCACACAAAAUAUCAGAAACACACUCAAAAUAUCAGGCACAUACACAAAAUAUCAGACCCGCACACAAAAUAUCAGACCCGCACACAAAAUAUCAGAAACACACACAAUGUCAGACACACACACAAAAUGUCAGAUUGUAAAAGGGGCCAAUACAAUACACGCUUCUAAACAAACGAUUAUUCUUCAAACACUCUGUGCCGUUGUCAAUAUACCUGUGCAAAUUGUGGAGUGUUUGUAAUGGUGAAGUCGGCAUUGUCAAAAUCAUGAAAUGUAACACUGCAGGGUUUUGGGUUUUUUUUAUGAUGAAAACAUUCUCAAACAUUUUAUAGUUGAGUGAUAUUUCUGGCAGUGUUUUAUGACACCAGAAACAAUUUGAAACAUUUGAUUUUACAGUGGUAUUUCCUGCAAUGUUCUAUUGAUAAAGGAUAUAUUAAUUAUAGUAAUUAGUUCACGAAUAUUUCCUGCAGUGUUCUAAGGUAAUGGACACAAUUUGAACUAUCUAAUUAUAAUUUCUUGCUGUGAUUUUUGAUAAAGGAUAUUUUGAUAUAUUAAUCAGCUCGAGGGUAGUCUCUGCAAUGAUUGAUAGAAAUAAAUUGUUUCCCUCUGCAAUAUCUGCAGAAGAGGUUGGUUUUUAUUUUUGUCAGUAAACUAUGUACAGAACUGUAUUGACUGAGAAUCACCAUGGAGACACUCAGAUGUAGUGGUUAUGACUUCUAAAUCCAGGAAUGUGUUAGCAAAAAACGAAAACGGGUGAUUAGACUUUGUGAUUGAGUUUUGAUCUCUGAUGUAAAUUGUAUGUGAUAAGAUAUCAGGUAGAUUGUAGUGAAAUUAUUCGGAAAUUAUUCAAACAGGGAAACAUUAUUCAUAAAUACAAAUUUAUCUUCUGGUUCUAUGGUAUCGUGUGACAUUAUUCAGAAAUCAUUAAAUCAGGGAAUAUAAAGAUUGAUAUUCUGGUUCUAUGGUAUCGUGUCAGAUUGUUUGGGGCCCGGUACAACCGUGUAAUUGAGUGGGAUUUGUUUUACUGAAAUCCUAUCGAGAGGUUCUGUAGUAAUGCCUUUUGAGAUGGAGAAGAUAUGGAAUGCGUGUGUGUUUAAUCCGGUGACUACCAGCAAAUACAGAUUCAUAUGAUAUUUGUGAAAUAGAUGACGCAUUUCAAAUGACAAUCUGAAUAAAGAUACAUGACAGUGUAUGUGUUAUGCUACUUCAA